AAAACAAAUAAAAAAAAUAAAAUGAAUUUUUAAAAUUUUUAAUAAUCUUUAGCAGGCCAUGUGAGUUUCAGAAAAAAAAUAUCUCAGUUUAGUUUGAUGUUGCAUUUGCUUCCAGGAUGUGUACCCGUGACUGUUACCGUGUGUUGGGAUAUUUUCUUGGCUUUUUGUGGAUGGCCAGUUCCGUUUAUUAUACAGUUGAAACAAUCGAAUUACUCAAGUUGAUGAAGUUACGAUGCGAUAAAUUGCAAACCUCGGCCAGAACGAUCGAUGCAUCUGAUGACGGGCUAGCGCGGUUGCAGUUUAGUGAUGCAAUGAUCGCAAAGGUGUGUGAUUUUUACACACAUUUAGACGUGUUUGUACCGUAUCACAUCAUCACUACCGUCAUUAAGCUGAUGCCCGGUAUGUUGCUGGUUUGUGGAAUAUAUAAGAACAACAUUACCCUGGUGAAGGUGUUUGCUUUGUACGGAUUUCUAGAGGAAUGUUACUUUGUAAUUGUGUUUUCGAAAAUAUUCGCCGUCAUCCUGUCCUUUAAUAUUAGCGUGUGGGUUUACUGGAUUGUAGUAUUCUUCUGUGCGAAGCUUUUUUUUGUCAUCUGGAUAUUGUUGGGAGUAUAUGCCGCAGUUAAACCACGCACAGCAGCCCGACCACAUCGUACUUAAACCGCCCCGAACAAAAGAAGAAGUGAGAUACAAAAAAACACACCACCGUACGAUACGUUUCUUUGGA